AAAGAAAUAAUAAUGCAUGAACUCAAUUUUUAUUUGGAUACUAUUUAAUUUUUAAAACAUCAAAAUUAGAUUCGUAAGCUCUUUGAAGCUUAUAAACACCGAUAAGAUAUUUUUUGUAAAGAAAUAUACUGAUAAGCUCUUAACAUGAUUUAAAAUGGGAGUGUUAUCCUUUUGUUUUAUCUGUAGAUACCAUAGUCAAAUCCCAUAACAUUCUUCAGGAAAUCGAAAUUGGAAUCCAUUAGUAACCAUAGAGUAAAAUAUCCAUCCAUGGCCGAUUUUGUCGCUGUCAAGACUUUUAUUUAAUUUCUGUUUCUAUUAUGAAGCACCUUCAAUGAUUUUAAGUGGGUUUAUAGUGUGGAAGUGAUCGUGUGGCGGCGCGGUCUCGGUGAUACUGCUCGUUGGCCGGCAGCACCAUGUUCAGUGGCACGGUGCGAGUACGGGUUUGCGAGGCGACGGGUCUUAGGCCGACCGACUUUCAGAAACGGCAUAACAUGACCUUCGGGAAGCCAGACGACCAGCCAAUAGAUCCGUACGUGUCGAUAGACGCCGACGAGCACCAUCUAGACCGUUCCAGCACCAAGCCCAAGACAUUCGACCCUGUAUGGAAUGAGACCUUCAUUCACGAAGUCCAUAAUGUUGGCAGUUUGGGGAUCACAGUGUUCCACGAUGCUGCAAUACCUCCAGAUGACUUUGUUGCCAACUGCACUAUUCCAUUUGAAGAUCUUAUGCACCGGGACAAGGACGCCACAGACUUUUGGGUGGACCUAGAACCUCAGGGAAAACUGCAUCUCAAGAUAGAUCUGAAAUGGAAUUCUCAAGCGGGCGUGGAGGCGCCGCGAGGCGGGGCGGGCGCGGGCGCGGGCGGGCGCGAGUUCAAGGAGGGCGCGGGCUUCGCGCGGCGCCGCGGGGCCAUGCGCCGCCGCGUGCACCAGGUCAACGGACACAAGUUCAUGGCCACCUUCCUGCGCCAGCCCACCUUCUGCAGCCACUGCCGCGAGUUCAUCUGGGGUCUGGGUAAACAGGGAUACCAGUGCCAAGUGUGCACGUGCGUGGUGCACAAGCGCUGCCACUCGAGUGUGGUCACCAAGUGCCCCGGCAUGAAGGAAGAGGUAAGACAACAGAGCGCGGUGGGCGUGUCGGGCGGGCAGCGCUUCAACGUGAACGUGCCGCACCGCUUCGUGGUGCACUCCUACAAGCGCUUCACCUUCUGCGACCACUGCGGCUCGCUGCUCUACGGCCUCAUCAAGCAGGGCCUGCAGUGCGAAGUAUGUUCGAUGAACGUGCACAAGCGAUGUCACAAGAACGUGGCGAACAACUGCGGCAUCAACACCAAGAUGAUGGCCGAGAUCCUCAACGAGAUGGGCAUCUCGCCCGACAAGAACCCACGCCCCAGACCUUCCAAGUACCUGAACGCGACGCUGAUGGAGGGCGGCGCGGAGCUGGCGGCGGGCGGCGAGGCGGACAAGGAGCCCGGCAAGGACGACGACAAAGGUGUACAGCUGGCGGGCGGCUGGCGCUCGCACUGGGACGAGCUGGAGGAGAUAUUCACGUGCUACGAAGGCGGGUCGGGCGCGGGCGGGCAGGACAAGGUGUCGCUGGACGACUUCCACUUCAUCAAGGUGCUCGGCAAGGGCUCCUUCGGGAAGGUCAUGCUGGCCGAGAAGAAGGGCACCGAUGAGGUGUACGCGGUGAAGGUGCUGAAGAAGGACGCGAUCAUCCAGGACGACGACGUGGAGUGCACGCUGACGGAGCGGCGCGUGCUGGCGCUGGCGGCGCGCCACCCCUUCCUCACGGCGCUGCACUCCGCCUUCCAGACGCGCGAGCGCCUGUUCUUCGUCAUGGAGUACGUGGACGGCGGCGACCUCAUGUUCCAGAUCCAGCGCGCGCGCAAGUUCGACGAGCCCCGCGCCAGGUUCUACGCUGCGGAGGUGACGCUCGCACUGCAGUUCCUGCACUCGCACGGCGUCAUCUACCGCGACCUGAAGCUGGACAACAUCCUGCUGGACAGCGACGGACACUGCAAGCUCGCUGACUUCGGCAUGUGCAAGGAAGGCAUACUCGAGGGUACCACGACCACCACUUUCUGUGGGACACCUGACUACAUCGCGCCGGAGAUCCUGCAGGAGCUGGAGUACGGUCCGUCGGUGGACUGGUGGGCGCUGGGGGUGCUGCUGUACGAGAUGCUGGCGGGACAGCCGCCCUUCGAGGCCGACAACGAGGACGACCUGUUCGAGUCCAUCCUGCACGACGACGUGCUCUACCCCGUCUGGCUCUCCAAGGAGGCCGUCUCCAUACUCAAAGGCUUCAUGACGAAGAACCCCGCGCGUCGGCUGGGCGUGCUGGGCGGCGCGGGCGGCAUCCGCGCGCACGUGUUCUUCAAGGACAUGGACUGGGACGCGCUGGCGCAGCGCCGCCUGCGCCCGCCCUUCCGCCCCAAAGUCAAGAGCAAGCGCGAGGCGGCCAACUUCGACGCGGAGUUCACGAAGGAGGAGCCCGUCCUCACGCCUGUGCCCAACGACGUCGUCCGCGCCAUCAACCAGGAGGAGUUCCGCGGCUUCUCCUUCGUCAACAAGGACUUCAACCCCGCGCCCGCCGUGGAGAAGCCGCCGCAGGCCUGAGGGCUGCGGCCUGCGGGCGUCCGGGGCUGCGGCCUGCGGGCUGCGGGUUGCGGGCUGCAAGCUGCGGGCUGCGGGCUGCGGCCCACGCGCCGACACUCUCAUUUUUUACAUAUUUUAAGUGCAAUGCCAACAUCUGUCUAGUCAUGACGAUGCGUAAUUUAAGCGCAAACGCUGUUUUUAUUUUAAUUCUAGUAGUAGCGCGCGACGAUUUUUAGUAUCGACGUCGGUCGAAGUAUUAUUUUUUAUUACGUUUUUAUUUUGUACGUUUUUUGAAUGUACGUCGUCUGUCUUUUAGUGUAUGUUAGUGUAGGAGCGUCGAGUCUCUCGGCUCGUGACGUCACCGGCGCCGGCGGCUGCCGCGGGUACGACCUCCAGGUAUCCAAGCAAUAUUACUGAUGAUACGUCUAGCAUUCCCGCGGUACGUCUGCCGAGUGUGACAAUUUUAAAAGGAAUAUCUCAACAAACUGCUUGGUGAUUAUGCGAGCUGAACUAAAGUUACCAUUGAAUAUACGCUAGCUCGUGUAACGCUCACUAGGCGAGUGCAGGUUGAGUGACUACAGGCCGUACUCGUGGCUCUCGUGGAACACCAGCUUUAAAUACCUCGUAACAUUGUACAGACGUUGCGAAACUUGAGUUGAAACACGGUUUUCUUAUGAUCGUUUCUGUCCACUAGUUCAUUCGACGGUUACUUAUCGAGCAGGCCGGGACGUGCCGAGUUCUUCUUGUGUACAUAUGCGUGAACUACCCACUGGCGAGUGUCGCGCGGACCCGGCCGAUCGCACAAAUCUCGCUCGU